GGAAGCUGCACGCCUCUUGGCGCUGGGCCACCAGAGGGCGCCAGGCAAGUGGCGACCAGAGCAGCAGGAUGGCAGCAGCACGGUUGUUGCUGCGCCUGGCUGGGCGGCUGGAGUCGGUGAACUUCAAGCAGAGUGUGUGUGGCCUCCUGGGCGCAGGGCAGGGACCUGGGCCAUGGUACACACACUGCCGCUUUGAGCGCGGACAGCUCAUCCUCUCCAGCAGUUCAUUCCCCGGCGCCUCGGAGAGGCUUCCAAUCCAGAGACCCCCUUUCUGCCCCUUUGCGGCUCUGGGUCAGCAGCCUGUGGGCUCCAGGACCGAGCUGCCCACAAACAGAGGUGUGGAUGUUAUUGUGGCCGUCGUUCUUCAGUCCAGUGACCAGACUGUCUUGUUGACCCGAAGGCCAUGCACUCUCCGCAUUUCCCCCAAUGUCUGGGUCCCUCCAGGCGGCCACAUGGAACCCGAUGAGGAGAUACUGAAGUGCGGGCUUCGAGAACUGCGGGAAGAGUGUGGACUACAGCUGCCCCAGAACCAGUUCUCUUGUGUCCUUCUGGGGUUGUGGGAGUCUGCCUACCCUCCUAGGCUGAGCUGGGGUUUCCCCAAAUAUCAUCACCUCGUUCUCUUGGUACUUGUCAUCUCCCAGGAAUCACAGCAGCAGCUGCAGGCCAGGAUCCAAAUAAACCCAAAAGAGGUGGACGCCUUUAUGUGGCUGGGGCCUGAGGUAGCAGCAGCUGUGGCUGCCGGGGAGGAUGACACAGACACACUCAGACUUCACUUCCAGGGCCUGCCACCCUCUCUCAGUGCAACCGAACUGAAGGAUGACGGAGGGACCCAACCCUUUGCCCUGCCCAUGUCCACUCUCCUGCGGACAACCCCAACCACAGCAGAGGACAAAGAAAGGCUCAGCCCUGGAACCAGGUUUGCCCUCAGGCUCUGGCUGCAACAUCUGGGCCGCUGAAGGUAAAAGUGACGUUUACAUGGACCCCGGACCAACAAAGGAAGGAUGGGGUCUGUGAGAUGGUGCAUGUAAAGGCCAAAAUCUGAGACCUGAGUUCAAGAGCUGCAAUCUCCUCCAAGGUGGUAGGAGAGGUCCUACUCCAUAAAGGCCCUCUAAUGUGCACAUGCAAAGCCAAGGCAGUAGUGAAAACCUUCAUGUUUUCUAAAAGUGAAAAGAUGGAACAUGGACCCUCUUUCCCACAAACCAGGGGUCUGGAAAGGGAGAGACAAAAAUCUCUACUCCUCCAUGAUGGUCACAGAACAUUCACAACCUUUAUUGUAGGUGAGAACUCUGCUACAACUCUGAGAAUAAAAAGUAAAAUCACAACA